CGGAGCGUCUCGGUGAGGUUCGCUGUCAAAACCGCUGCUGCAAAGAGGGCAGUGACCGUAUUUUUGCAGAUAUCUAUCAUUUCUCGAGUUAAGUGGGAGCUGUGUCAUAAUAAAAUACAUUUACGCCUGUAAAGUGAAGCAACCUGCCUCUCCACAAAUGCAAGCGAUUAAAUGCGUGGUGGUCGGCGACGGGGCGGUGGGUAAGACCUGUCUGCUCAUCAGCUACACCACAAAUGCCUUCCCUGGCGAGUACAUCCCUACAGUGUUUGACAACUAUUCUGCCAAUGUGAUGGUCGAUGGCAAACCAGUGAACCUUGGCUUAUGGGAUACAGCAGGACAGGAAGACUAUGACCGCCUCCGUCCCCUCUCGUACCCGCAGACGGAUGUGUUUUUAAUAUGCUUUUCUUUGGUGAGCCCAGCAUCCUUUGAGAACGUCCGUGCAAAGUGGUACCCCGAGGUGCGACAUCACUGCCCCAACACACCCAUCAUCCUGGUGGGCACCAAACUGGAUCUGCGAGAUGAUAAGGACACCAUAGAGAGGCUGCGGGACAAAAAGCUGUCGCCCAUCACCUACCCACAGGGCCUGGCCAUGGCCCGAGAGAUCGGUGCCGUGAAGUACCUGGAAUGCUCCGCCCUGACUCAGCGAGGUCUAAAGACUGUAUUCGACGAGGCCAUCCGCGCCGUCCUCUGCCCUCCGCCCGUCAAAAAACGCGGGAAGCGCUGCACUCUCUUCUGAGUGAAAGCGAUGACGAUUCCCGGCACCCAAACCCACUCAAACUACAAUAUUUUUAAUCAGCCUCUUGGAAAAUAUAUUGUACUUCUCUCACAGGUUCGGUGACAGCCGUCCAUGAAGUUCUAAUGCACAUCACAUGUAUACGAACCAUUGGCUAGACGCGUCCAGUCGGAGGGAAACCGUGAGGUAGAUUGUUUUUCGCGGCCUCGCGCGCCCAGAUAUGUAAUAUUCCAUUUCAUAUUGUUUAUAUGAGAAGUUUUAGUGGUACAGUGUAAUUGUUGACAUACCGUAAGGAAGUGUUUCUUGGUGUCGUAAAGGAAGCGUGUCAAAGAAACGGGAAAGUUUUGUUGAUUUAGACGGUCUUGUACAAAGCUAACCAUUCGCAGUAUUAGCAUUCCUGUCGGCGUUAAAGUCAACAUGAAACCGCGACCCAUUUCACAUCUGCAACGAGUGGAUGAAACGGGAAUUGUGAAAAUUGUUGUAGUGGAAGUAAAUUUAGUUUUGUAAGUUGAUGAUAGACUACAAAGAUAAAGAUUUGAGAAACUAAAUAGGGUCUGUUUGAUUUCAUAUUGACUUCAAAGCCUUGUGCAGUCAUGAACACUAGAUAUUUUCUUCUUCUCAACUCUUUAACAACUUGGCCAUUCCAAACACUGGAGAAGGAAACUGUGAACAUUGUGUCUCUACUUUUAUGUCAAUACAAACUAAUCGAUGAAGUUAGUGUUUUUUGGAUUUUCUUGCUUUUCUAGUUUUCUAUGUACAGAUAAACCACUUUGAUCCUGAUCUGUGAUGAAGGGUUUUAUGUUACAGCUUCACAAUCCAAAAUCUUCAAGCUCUAUUUGAACAAAUGACUUGCAUGCCACAACGAGAAGCCUGAAUGUCUCUUUAAUUGAAGGACAUGCAUGGGCAUUUGUUCUUGAUCGUUCCCGCUACGGAAACCUUGUUAGUACGUGUCUGCAUGUGGCGUGAGUGUGGGCGUUCGUCCGUGACGUGAUUGGCUGUUGGGUGCGAGUUGUCUACAUGGUCACAAACAGUAUCGGUGCUGCAGCACUUCCUUUCUCUCACCUAACUUUGUAAAUAACUCUCAAAAUGGACAAAAAAAGAUGAUCUUCACAGCUGCCAAAAGACAUUUCCAUGAUGUAAGAUAGUAUAUUUACAAAAAAAAAAAAAUGUUUUAGAUGAGGAAUGCAUUAAUUAAUAAAUCUAUUCAUGUUUUACCCUUA